CUGAGUUCCUAUCUGAGAAGGAUCCACUUUACUAAUCCUGUUGGGGACAGAGUGAAUAUGAACCAAAGAAAUAAACUUCAGGAAGAGUAUGACAUUUUCUACAUUUGGAAUUUUCCACAGGGACUUGGACUUAAAGUGAAAAUAGGAAUAUUUAGUCCCUAUAUUAUGAAUGGCCGACAGCUACAUUUAUCUGAAGAUAUGAUAGAGUGGGCAAGAGGAAGUAGACAGAUGCCAACUUCUGUGUGCAGUGCUGAUUGUGGUCCAGGAUUUAGAAAAUUCAGGAAGAAUGGAAUGCCAUCCUGCUGUUUUGAUUGCAGUCCCUGCCCAGAAAACGAAAUUUCUAAUGGGACAAAUGUGGAGUUGUGUGUCCCGUGUCCAGAGGACCAUUAUGUUAACACGGAGCAGAAUCACUGCAUUAACAAAGCUGUUAUCUUUCUCGCUUAUGAAGACCCCUUGGGGAUGGCACUUUCUUUAAUGGCUUUAUUCUUUUCUGCAUUUACAGCUGUUGUUCUGGGGGUCUUUGUGAAGCACCAUACUACUCCCAUUGUAAAGGCCAAUAAUCGCACCCUCACCUACAUAUUGCUCAUCUCCCUCAUCUUUUGUUUCCUCUGCCCCUUCCUCUAUAUUGGAUAUCCAAACUCAGCCACCUGCAUCCUACAGCAAAUCACAUUUGGACUUGUAUUCACUGUGGCUGUUUCCACUGUGCUGGCCAAAACAAUUACUGUUGUACUGGCAUUCAAAAUCACAGCUCCUCAAAGAAUGAUGAAGCAUUUUUUUGUUUCAGGGGUAUCUACCUACAUCAUUCUCACCUGCACUCUCAUCCAAGUUAUUGUCUGUGCAGUCUGGCUCGGAUCUUCCCCUCCUUCUGUUGACAUUGAUGCCCGGUCAGAGCAUGGCCACAUCAUCAUCAUUUGCAAUAAGGGUUCAGUCACUGCUUUUUACUGUGUCCUGGCAUACCUGGCUUGCCUGGCCUUUGGGAGCUUCACUCUGGCUUUCCUUUCCAGAAACCUGCCUUGUGCCUUCAAUGAAGCCAAGUCUAUGACAUUCAGCAUGCUGUUGUUCUGCAGUGUCUGGGUCACUUUCCUCCCUGUUUACCAUAGCACUAAAGGCAAGGUUGUGGUGGCUGUUGAGAUCUUCUCCAUUUUGGCCUCCAGUGCAGGGAUGCUGGGUUGCAUCUUUGUUCCAAAAUGUUACACAAUACUCUUUAGACCAGACAGAAAUUCUCUUCAAAUGAUCAGGGAGAAAUCAUCUUCCCGUGCUCACAUUUCAUAA